AUGAAUGGUCAUCUUUUGUGCUCUUAUGAAUAUGAGUGGUCUGAUGCUGUUUCAUUCGACAUAUCUCUGGUUGCAGAUAAUCAUAAUGCACUGACUGUUGCAAGUUUAUGGGCGCCAGUGAUUGCUAUCUAUCUGUUAGAUAUCCACAUCUUUUACACUAUUAUCUCUGCUGUUUGGGGUUUCCUGCUUGGAGCUAGAGACCGUCUAGGGGAGAUAAGAUCUUUAGAUGCCAUCCACAAACAUUUUGGGGAAUUUCCUGGUGCUUUUAUGAGAACUCUUCACAUUCCUCUCCAAAUCAGGACUUCUAAUCCCUCUUCUGGUCAGGUGAAUCAUAUGACUCUUGGACGUUAUAAUUUUCUUUCUUGGACUCUAUUUUAACUGUGCUGGCAAGUAUUUGUAAAUAAUUAUUUAGUAUAUACACUGCUAUAAUAUGUUACAAGUAUUUGCUUGUCGAGGAAAAAUCAUCACUAGCACAUUCUUUUUUUUUUUCGGGGAAAGAAAACAUUCUAUGUAGAGCAUCAAGGGUUGCAACCCGAUACAAAAGACAUACAGAAAUUACGGCCUUCUACUGGAGAGAAGAUCAAAGAUAUCCAGAAUAUCAACAACAUCAAAGAUGGGGCGCCCUUUAAGCAAAACACAAAAAGGAAAAAAAAUUAUCUCUUAUCUCAUGAAAAGGGAAUGAGAGGCUGUGUAAAGCUUUAUUUUUAUGCUAUUUCCAAAUAAGCUAAAAGAAAAAAGAGGAACAAUAGAAAUAAUAUUCUUCGUAAACUUAUAAGAAGCAAUACCACUCCACACCCAUUCAUUCUUAACAAAGGAGCCAGUCCCAAUUGAUGUUGAUAAGAGAAAGUGCUGAAUCUCUUACUCCUACUCUUGGGACACUGAAGAAGAAGAUGAUUUGGGGAGUCCUCCUUGUUCAAGCAAUAGAUAAUAUCUAGCGAAGGGCCUUCCUCUCUUAUUCUGAUUAUUCGAAGUUAUAAUUCCACACCCAUUUGCCUCCCAAGCGAAAUAGGCAAUGUAAGGUGAGGCUUUGCAU